CCCCCCUCUCUCUCUAUAUAUAUAUAUAUAGCUUAUUUGUAACACUGAAAGAAAGGUAUAUCACAUACAUGCAUUUGUAAAUAUAUAUUUGUGUGUGUGUAAACAAAGUGAGGGAAAGACAUAAAAAGACAGGCAAAAAGGAAGCAAGAGAUGAAUUCUUGGAGACAAAAUUUUGUAAAUACAGUUCAACAGAUGAAAGUAAAGAAAUUAAUAAUACCCAUCAUUAAGAACAUUUGAUAUAGAAAUUCUAAUCAACUUUGUUUACAAAAGAUCUUCAAAGAAAUAGAAGGAAAACCACUAUUUGUUAAGAAUACUCACUUCAUUCCAUCUACCACCAUGUUACUGCUAUCAUUUUCAAGUAUGUUAGUCUUCAUAUUAAUCCAUUUUACAAAUACUCAUGCCACAAUAUGGGAUGUAAAAGCUUGUCAUACUGUGGUGUAUCGCACUUCAGUUCGCAUGAUUCUUAACAAGGUAUUCAUAAGAGAAGUGGCAGCUUCAAAAGAUCCUAAAUGUUUUGAAAUUACAUUUAAAUUGAAUGAUGAAGUAAAACCAAGUUAUAUUAAGCUACCUUACCCUAAGGCUUAUAAGGCAUUUGUUCAAAAUCACCAUCUUCAUGAAAUGUAUGUUGCUAAGUGCCAGGCAGAUUGUUCAACAGUUGAUUCUGAAUUAGAAAGAUGGGUACACUGGAACAUGUCAGUUAUACAUAGUAAGACGUAUGACAAUUACGAAUAUUCUUUUGAAAUAAAGCCUUAUGAUAAAAACUACUUAAAGUUUAGAGCAAAUUCUAAAACAACAAAUGCACCGUUCUUUCUUCCAACGAAAAUGAAUACAAAGUCAAGACUAGAGUUAUCGACAACAGGAAAAUUUUGGCUGGACAAGACUAUCAAAUUGAAAAACAUGGAAACUUUCAAAAUAUAUUUCUGUAUUUAUCUUCUUAAACAAAGUAAUCCUUACCAUGAGUGUUCAUUGAGAAGUGAUCUUGAGUGGAAAAUAGAACUAAGCUCUCUAUCCAAACUAAUUAAAAAUAUAGAAGAAAUAAAGAUAUCUGUUGGAGUGACUGGCAGUGGAACAAAUUCUUCACAAAGUUUAACAUUCAAAAAGUUAGCUUAUCUCCCGACAUUCUCUGCUUUUACUAAUAUAGGAAAAAUAGGCAUUGGUGAGGCUGAAAUAUACUUUAAAGACAGUAACAAUUCUUUUGACAUAUCCAAAAUUGUCAUGACAAGAAUACCUACAGGAGAAAAAUAUGGUUGUGUUAACAUACAUAAGACAAUCCCAGCUAAAUAUUCGUGUAAACUACAGAAAAGCAAAAAUUGGUUGUUGAAAGUUAUUUCUCCUGAAGAACAUGAAAGAAAUUUCGAUGUGGAAAUAAUUCAAGACACUCUAUCUUCUUCUUUCACUAGAAAUUUACAAUGGAAAUAUGUUUUUCCUUAUGGAAAUACUUAUAUAAAAUAUUUUAAUCUGAAGUCAUAUGAGAAAAACGAAAUCAUGAAAUUAAAAUUCCACUUUUUGGAUCAACUUCUGAGAAUCAAUGAAAUAAGUGUGAUCAGCAAUUACUCGGAGUAUCAAUUUAAAACAAAUGUAGAAAGAAAAUUUCAGAAUUACUUGGUGACAGAAUUUUCUCGAAUAACAAAAGAGAAAAUACAUUGUAAUGAAACAAAUUUCUCUGUAAAAAUAGUUAUUGGCCUCUCUGCAGUCCUCAUGUCAUUUUUGAUCAUUAUCAUCAUCAUUCUCUGUAUCAGAUAUAAUAUACUCAAAAACAAAAGACGCAAAGAUCACAUGCCAGCACAUCAAGUCAAUCAAGUCAAUCAAGCUGAUCAAAUUGAUCAAAUUGAUGAUAUCGAUCAAGCAGAUGAAGCCCUUCCUGCAGAGAAUAUCUGUCGUGCCGUGCAAAACUCUGAUUCAGUUUAUGGCAAUGAAAUUGAAUUAGAAUUAUACUCUCUACAGCAAAACCCUAGAGGUCCAUGUGAAAAUGAAGAUCCAAGAGCAACAUUACAUUAAUUGGAAUCAAUGACAUAAAUGGAAAUGUAGUGCUAUAGAUGGACAUCCCACCUCAACCCAUCGAUAAUCCUGAUACUGAACAACUCUACACACAAUUUAUCACACACACACAUGUAAGUACCCAAAAGUAGCCAGAAACAUUCUCUGUGGGACAAGCACAUUGUAGUUCAGGCUUCCAUCACUAAAAGCCACUUGAUAUGACUCUCAGACAUCAGUCUGACAACUGGUAUUGUUGGGUGUGGUCAUACUGCUACGUGGAGCAUCUAUGUUGUGCAGUGAUCCUCCCCUGUUCAUUGAUUUUUGUGUUGGUUGAAAUGAAAGAACAGCAUGAUUCUGUGAAAUACUGUUUUCUACUGGGGAAAACAGUGACUGAAACAGUUAUCAUGUCACAAACAGUUUACAAGGAAGCUGCUAUGAGCAAGACACAAGUUUAUGAGUGGUUUUCAUGUUUUAGGAAUGGCCACUUGUUGCUUGAAGACCAACGUUGUUCAGGACAUCCAUCAACCUCCUGAAUGAAUGAAAAUAUCAUGAAAAUUCAUGAACUGAUCUUGGCAGACUGUCAUCGAACAAUUGAUGAACUUGUUGAUAUGACUUGUGUGUCCUGGAGCUCCUGCCAACGAAUUUUUGACAACAAAUUGCAAAUGGAAAGAGUUGCAACAAAAUUUGUACUUCGCUUGCUUAUGAAAGAUCAAAAGCAGUCACAACUGAAUGUGUGUUAUGAACUGAAAAGAGAGUGGGAAAUUGAUCUGGACCUUUUUUUGAAGGUCAUCACUGGUAUGAAAGCUGGUGCUAUGGAAUUUGCAGUUGUGGAAGAGGUGAACAAAAAAAACAACAGAGGUGUUAAAAGAGUUCCAGCACUGCUUCAAACAGUGAAAGACAUGUCUGGACUGAUGUAUUGCUUUAAACAUGUAAAACUAAGUGAAUAAAAUCAUAUUGUAAAA